AUGAACUACUCCGGCAACAACCCCCUUAAACGCCGCUGCGCUGCUUCACAGCAUCCAGAUGCUGCUGCAAGAUACUGCAAGAGUGCUCCAGCACCGGGGUGGAUGCUCCAGUCUGGAACCAUCUCUCCAACCUUUUCAACUGCUCCUGCCUCUCCGUCUGCCUCUGAGGCUGCUACUACGGAUACCGAGAUGGAGGAUGUUGAGAUGGGAGGUGCUCCUAAAUCUCACGAGAAGGCCGGGAGUUAUCGUGGGGAUGUUCAGGAGAAUGUCGAAGUUUACCGUGAAAAUAUUCACGAGGAGAUCGGAGUUUAUCGCGGCGACAUGGCCCGCAAGAGGUUCAUGGCUGCUGCGGUGGUUCCAGAAUUGCUCGUUAGACACAGAGUAUUUAAGGGUGGGAAGCCAAUCGCGGAGGAGGCAACUGCUUGUUAA